AUGGGGCGUGACGAAAAUAAAAACGAGAUUGAAACAGAUACGGACGAUGACGAAGUUACUGAAAGUGGUGAAACCAUUUCGACAGAAAGAAGUUCCAAAAAUAUCGGUACUUCUCCGUCUAAAUUAUUUUGCAAGUGGCUACCGAAGAAAUAUUUCAAAUUCUUCUUCUUACUGCUUAACAGCAUAGCUCUCCUCACAGGUGUAACGGCGAUAACAAUAGCUAUCUGGAUGUUGACUGAUACAAACUUUACAUAUAGACUGCUCGGCCAGCAGCUUUUCAUGACAAUUUUAUUAAUUCUAGGAGUGUUUGUGUCUCUUGUAGCUUUUACCGGAAUCAUAGGAAUCGUGAAGAAAAAAGAAUAUUUCAUGAUUUUUUACUUAAUGUGCCAAUCAAUCGCUCUCUGUGCUGUGUUUGUAUAUUUGACAAUGAGUUUUCCAUUCUUCGACAAGAUUACGAAAAAGAUUCGAGAUGAGAUGAGCAACUCUAUGGAAAAUUAUCAGUCUUCAGAUUGGGCUGUGAAAGCGUGGGACAAUACUCAUAGAUAUUUAAAAUGCUGCGGAAUUAGAUCAUCCAAAGACUGGUUAGAUCAUCAAAUAAGCAUUCCACAAAGUUGUUGUUCUGUAUCACUUAAACAGUGCCUGCACAUGACAGAUAAUGUGUCUUAUAAAUCUGGAUGCUUAAAAGGAGCCUAUAUGCUGUUAAAAUCGUAUGUCCAGACUGCCUCUAUUUCAACGCUUGUCAUAUUUCCACUUCUGUUAAUCAGCGUGUUUUUAGCGUUUGGUUUACGAAAAAGAUUGAAAACGAAUCGAUUAAUGAGGGACGAAGCGACAUAUUUAUGAAGACAUCAAGGGUAAACGUGACUUACAAGUGAAUGACAAGUCCGGUGAAACGUUUUCCCGUUUUUUAUUAUCAUAUAUAGAUCAUAUAUUUUCUGAAAACACUUAAUAUAUUGUACUUAAGAUAAUAAUAUUGUAAGUUUAUUGGACAUGCUG